AUGAGCGAUCGUGACGCACCGGCCUCGCUGACGAGGACCUGCGCGCCGCAUGAGGUUCACUUCCUCUUCUGCUCCCCCAACGCAGGUGAUGUGACUCCUGCUAGCAGCGGUGACGUCGCGGAGCUGCCCGCUCCGAAGAAGCCCAUUUCGGCUCCGCUCACGUCUUUUCACUCUCUGGCGGACACGCACCGUAGUCGUCAUGCUAUCCGCCACGCGUCACCGCCGCGUCAACUGGGACGCCCACUUCCGCCGACGCAGCCCAGCUUCAGCGGUGGGGCAAAGCGCAUGGACUCUGCCAACGACAUGUGCGAGACGAACUCGUUGUUGAGCUCCCACAUGCGCUUAGGCGAGAUGUCCACUCUGGGCAUCUCUGCAAGCACAUCCACCAUACCAGCUGGCUGCAGUGUCAGCACCACCUCGCUCCACUGGCUUCGCAUGGCAGAGGAUCGCGUCAUGCCACAUCCGAGCAGCACUAAGGCAGCUCCGGUGGCUCUGCCGCGAGAUGCGGAGUGCGUCUUCGAGCGGUGGGUGCAGAAGAAGGUGCAUCGCACCGCCGCAAUGGAUGACGCUAUGCUGAAGGUGGCUGCCGCUUUUGAUGACCUAUACGCCUAA